AUGACAAAAAAAAUGUACUCUCUGGUUUUCUGGACUGAUUCGGGUAAGGCAUCCGUGAUAAAAAGUGAAAAAAUAAAAACAUCCAGUAAAGCCGGCUUUCUUGUGAAACUACGUAAUAAAAAUUUUCCUGUUAAAAUACUAUUGCAAAAUGAUAACGAAGAAUAUUUGAAGAAGCAAACGGUAGACGAAGCUGGAAAUUUGAUAAAAAAAGCAGCCAAGCCAGAGGAUGACGUUAAAAAUUUAGAAAGAAAAGUCAAAGGAGAAGGUGGAGGUAGAAAACCCAAGUCCAAAGCGUCGAAUCCUAUUGAUGCAGAAAUUGUCGAAAAACAAUCAAUCUUCGACCUUGACGACCAGGACGAUUUGAUUGACAAACCAGAGUCAUUAAUGAAGGAAAAAGAAACAAUUCAAAUUGGUGAUCAACCGGGAAUUGGUGCUGGACGAUCAAUUCAACAGAAUCAAGAAGAUUCGGAAGGAGACAACUCUGAUGAACGUCCUCCAGGUGGUGAACUGACUGGUGAUAAAGAUUUACUCAAAAAAAUUCAGUCAAGCAGCAAAGGAGAAACCAGUUCAAGUAAACAGAAUUUAUUCCAGGGUGACGAUGAAGAACAGACUGUUGGUCGGAGAUUAAAAUUAGAAGGACAAAGUCGUCAAAAUAAGGAGGAGAUCACAGAAACAAAAUCAAACAAGCGGAGGGGAACUGCUGCUGAUAAAAACUCAGAUCGUGAUCCAAUAACAUCUCAAGGAUCAAAAAAAAUGAGAAGAGAAAAAUCCAGUUCAAGCAAUGAUUCAGAUAUUGAUUCAAGUGACAAAAGCUUGGAUAAAAGUGAAAACUCAAGCGAAUCAAAACUCUUCCGAAAGUUCUUGAAAUGGCAAAAAAAUCUUGAGAGUAAGGAACCUAAAAUUAAAAAACAUCGAAAGGAGAAAAAGCUAAAGCCAAAGGAGGUUUGA